AUGCACGAGCCCCAGCGGUUCACUAUUGUGGGUAAGAUCAACGCAACGGCGGCUAAAUUGAGGUCGAAGCACAGCGACUUAUCACACCAACUCCGCCCGACUCUUUUGGACGUGGAUAGGAAGUUUCGGGAGGAUACUGAGUUUGUUAAGGUCGUUUCUCGGAAGUUUCUCGAAUUCUUGGAUACUCUGAUGGGUGGCAGUGAUGUACCAUUGCAACAGAGGUUGUCUUGUGAGAGAGACGCCAGAGAACCACUGCUUCUUUUCUGCUUUGACUUUGGAGAGUCGAAGAAGGAGAAGCGGGAAGAACCAGUGGUAACUGCCCAGAUGUUGAGCCAGCUCUUUCGUAAAGUGAAGCUGGCUACUGAAAGGGUUAGUGAUAAUGUGGAUUUCCUAGCUGAUGAUCCAAAAGAGUUCUUUAUUAACUUAGACGAGAAGUUCGACGAUAAGUUGUUGGAAUUGGCGGAUAAGUGGGAUGAGGCAAGUGAACAGCUUUCUUCUGUGAGUCUUAUGAACGAAGGAGAAGUCCAUUCUGAGGCUGUCGACGAAGAUGAGGAAGAGGACCCGGUAGAAUCGGGCUACAAUGGCUUUCAUGGCUUCAAUGUAGAUUGA